GUUUCAUUUUGCCCUCUUUUUCUUGGAGUAUUUGGGACCCACAUAGCAUACUUAAUGGGACUAAACAAGUAUAAAACAAUCUACACCUUAUCUCAUUCAAAACUAGCCCUACCCAAUCAAUACUCUAUAGCUCCAAAUUCCAUCCCAUUACACAAAUUUUGUAAGAAACAAUGAACACCCAAGUGAUCAACAAUGGAUCAUCACCUUCCCCUACAACAAACAAUGAUCGAAUGAACGAUUUGAAGGCGUUCGAUGAAGGAAAAACCGGGGUAAAAGGUCUUGUAGAUGAAGGAAUACAAACUAUUCCUAGCAUAUUCAUUAGAUCACUUAAGGAUCGUUCAAAGGAUUUGAGUACAUGCCAUGACAAUAUAAGUGUACCCGUCAUAGAUUUUGAUCAUGGGUCCGAAAAUGAGAUUGCACAAGAAAUUGUAAAAGCAUCUAAGAAAUGGGGAUUUUUUCAAGUGAUAAAUCACGGGAUUCCAUUAGAAUUGUUGGAAGAGAUGAUUGAAGUGAAUAAAAUGUUUCAUGAACAAGAUAGUGAGGCUAAGAAGAAGUUUUAUACUCGUGAUUAUUUCAAUAAGAAAGUUGGGUUUCUUUCUAAUCAUGAUCUGUAUCAAUCUAAUGCUGCUAAUUGGAGGGAUACUUUUUAUGUUAAUACUAUGCUUGGUGAUUUUGAUCCUCAAGAGUUGCCUCUAAUAUCAAAGGAAGUGAUAAUGAAAUACAUUGAACAUAUGCUUAAAUUUGGAGAACAAAUACUAAUGUUUUUGUCAAUGGGUCUUGGACUUAAAUCAGAAUAUCUUGGAAAAUUGGAAUGUAGUAAAGGUUGGUCUUUGGCUAGUCACUACUACCCACCAUGUCCAGAACCAGAAUUGACCUUAGGAAAUAGUGGACAUACUGAUAGCUCUUUCAUCACAAUACUUUUACAAGAUCAAAUUGGUGGUCUUCAAGUUCUUCAUCAAAAUCAAUGGGUUAACAUUAAACCUAUCAAAGGGGCUUUCAUUAUUAAUGUUGGAGAUGCACUUCAGAUGGUAACUAAUGACUUGCUAAAAAGUGUGAACCAUAGAGUGAUUGCCAAAAAAAUUGGACCAAGGAAUUCAAUUGCAUUCUUUUUCCAUGGUUUAAUCCCAUCUGAGAAGAAAUAUGCUCCAAUUAAGGAGUUAACUUCUGAACAAAAUCCACCUAUUUAUAAGGACUUCACUAUCUGUGAGCUACUCACACAAUUAUCCUCUAAAGCUGUAGAUGAGCUUGGGACCGGUUAUUUUAAACUUUAGACACCCAAACAUGGCAACUCAUCAUUCUAAACCAAUCGAGAUUCGGAUUUUAUGUCAGUUGGAGUAUGUAUCGUUUUCUUUAGGUAAGAUUUCGAGUUUGAUUCUUGCUGCAGCAAUAUAUACCUAUACUCGUAAAAAGGAAAUGUGUUUGAAUUGAUCUUUGAUUCACUAGAUCUUAACAAUGUAACAUAAUUCACCAAUUAAUUCGAUUUUUUACGCUUUACGGUAUUGAUUAUGUGCACCAAAAAAAAUGGUAAAUUGUAUAAAAUAUAAAUAAGUGUAUAAAGUUAAAGCCUUUACCA